CUCAGGGUGUCCUUUGGGGAAGCAGAUAUUGUGCAGCAAUGUUCUGUGGUGCGGUGGCACAGCAUUGGGAAUAUAAUUAAUGCUCCAGACUUGUCCAACAGAAAACAAUUAAUUUUAUUUAAAAUAAAUAAUAAACAGCGUAGAGGAUAAGGAAAGAUAAUAUAACAGUUAAUAUGUACCAGAGAGAAAGAACACAGGGGGAGGGGAUGAAACAAUCUGGCAGGGCAUCAGGGUCGGGUGAUGGAAAUAAGGGUAAUUGUACAAGGGGCUCUCCCCUCGAGGAUGUGGGCUCUGGUUGUGGUUCUGGGAGCCCUGCAGGAACAGGAGGAGGGGCAGGGCCAGAUGCAAGAGGAGGGCCAGAUGCAAGAGCAGGGACAGGGGCCGGAUCCACGGUAGGAGCUGGGUCAUGGGCAAGUACAGGAGCACAGGCAGGGCCAAGGGAAGGGCCCGCGGUGCUGGAAAGCAGGGCAAAGGGCAUCGGCUCUGGCAGGGGCACGGACAGGGACACAGGUAGAGGAACGGACAGGUGCAGGGGCAGGAGGUGGGUCAUGGGCAGGAAUGGGUGCACAUGCAGGGGCAGGGAAACGGGUAGGGAAAGGGGAAGGAGCUGGGUCAGAGGCAAGCACCGGAGCACAGGGAGGAGCAGGGGAAUGGACAGUUGCAGGGGCAGAAGCCGGGACAGGGGCAAGAACAGGAAUACAGGCAGGGGCAGGGGAAGGGGCAGGAUCCAGGCCAGGGGCUGGGUCAGGAUCCGGAGCAGGGGCAAGAACAGGUGCACAGGCAGGUGCUGGGGAAGUGGCAGCUGCAGGGGCACGGGCAGGGGCAGGGACAUGAGUGGGGGCAAGAUUUGGGUCAGAGGCGAAAACAGGGACACAGGCAUGGGCAGGGGAAGGGGCAGGACUUGGGUCAGGGGCCAGAACAGGAGCACAAGCAGGGGAAGGGGAAGGGGCAGGUGCAAGGGGAGGGACAGGGUCUGCAGCAAUGGCACAUACAGGAACCAAGGCAGUAUCUGGGUCAGGGGCAGGGACAGGGGCACUGGCAGGGGUAGGGACGGGUCAGGAUCCAGGGCAGGAGCGGGGUCUGGGGAAGGAGCAGGGCCACAGUUCGGGGCAGGCACAGGGGCCCUGGCUCCGGCAGGAACAGUGGCAGGAACAGGGGCAGGCUCUCCGGGCACAGGUUCUCGAGCAGGCCCUUCCUGGUCGGCGUCAGGCUCUCCGUGGGCAGGUGCCGGGUCAACUGCCGGCUCCUGGGCUCCUGCUGAAGUCUCUGCAGGCACCACCCCUCCCUGCAGAGCUGCUGAUGGAGUUGGAGCCGGCUCUAGCUCCUUAGGUCGUGGAACAUCUGUGAGAGGAGAAAAGCUCACCCCCGUGCCUGCUCUCCGUGGGUAUUUGCAAGACAGAGCCCAGCCCAGAGCCUCCCAGAGAAGCCGCAGCCAGGAAGGAGCCCUCCCCGGGACGUCUCCCCGACUGCAGUCCACCCGCUGGGUGCUCUGCACACAGUCUUUGCUCCUGGCCCCACACCAGCCUCUCGGGGCUCCUCCCUGUGGGGCCUGCCCCGACCCGUCCCCACACACCCACAGGCACCCCGCCCCAGGCUUCUCAGCCUCGAGCUCGGUCUCCGUGGGCUCCAUUCCUGGAGCACAAUCCAGUCAAUGACCACCAGGGACAGUGGUCUGGGUGGUGUCGGAGGCCUUCCCCCGCAAUCCCCAGCACCUGCUCCUGGGGACCCCUGUGGGGUCACGCCCCAGGUCGCGGAAAUGUCACGGCU